CUUGAAGACUGCCAUGAAAACAAAAACCAGAGUCCAGACCACUGACCGGUUGUUGUUAGGUUUGACGUUCAUUCAGUCUUCAGAUUUCAGUGUUGAAAUGUUACUUGACGUGAAUGCUUAUUCAGACUAAGGAAUACUUGGACCAGUGUUCCAACUUCCAGUUUUGGCUUUAUUAUAACUAGUUUUUUUUCCUAAUUUUAACGGAGUCAUUUAUUUUCCGAGUGAUUGUUUUGCAUUUCAAAACAAUAAUUGAUUGAGUAUUUCAUAUCUCAUGAAAGCAUUUGAACUACAGUAAAAUUCUGUGAUGAAUUGAUUUUUUUUAACUCUGUGAUUCUUGGAGUUUUUGAUUUUGUACUGCUAUAGGCGCAUUUCGCGUUUAGUAAAUUGACGUUCACGGACUACAAUUAAAUUAUAAACUUUAUUGUGAGUUGCCCAAAUCAAUGUGAAAUUAAAUUGGAGAAGAAUACACAAAGUGUCUUUAUAGCACUUGCAAGAAACCACCUUCCAAAGUAAAGUAUGGCGUGGGUUCUCCGCAGUCCUCAAAUUCAUAAUAACUUCAGUGACCUAGGAUAUGCGCUUCCAGAUGGAUAUCACAUAAACGAUAAUUGCAACUCUGCUUUAGAGUCGAUACUUCAAAACCUUGUUACGGAAGAUAAAUACCUACGUACAUAUCGCAGAAGUAUCAGCUUUGGACAAAAUAUUAAAAAAGACCUUAUACCUAUAUUAAUUAACACCAAGGAUGAUAAUACAGUUGAGCUGUUAAUUAAAAUAUUGGUCAAUUUAACUAUUCCGGUGGAAUGCUUACUGUCUUUGGAAUUAAUAUCGCGAACCGAUUCAGGGAGACAUGCUAUAUUUGAAAUAAAUAAUAUGCUCUCUUCUACAAAAACAGCACUAACUGAUCAUCGUGUUACCAAAGUUAUUAUUAACUUUUUAAAGAAGAAUGCUAAAAAUGAACCAAAGGCAAAACUGUCUAUAGAACAGUGUACAAAUAUAAGUAACACUCUUUUAUUUUUGCGUAAUAUAAUGCACAUACCAGAGGAUAUUACAUGCCAUACUUCGCCGCAUGGUGGCCCACCUCAUACAGUACAUAAUCAGUUAUUAUGGAAUUUAUUCAGUCACAGUAUUGACAAAGUUCUCAUAAAAUUGAUGACAAUUCCUGAUGCGAUAAACUGGGGUGUGACAAUGGUGCAAUUGAUUGCACUCUUUUACAAAGACCAACAUGUAACCACCUUGCACAAACUACUCAAUUUGUGGCUCGAAUCGUCAAUCUGUGAAAGCUCUGAAGAUAACGAAAGUAACACCUCUCCAUCAUAUAGACGCAGUGACGAUUCUUCACUAAUGGAUACGUCCGACCCAACAUCAGAUUCAUCCGACACCGGAGCAAACAGGAAGUCCAAUCGAACGUCCAACUUAGUCAAUAAUGGCUGGAACCUCACCCCAAUGAACGGUGAAAAUGUAAAACAAAACUUUCAGCCCCAAAAUACUACAACUGACCCCAAGAACUCGAUUCAAGGCGGUCAAAGUAACCUCGCUGACGAUCGCAGAAACUCUUGUGAGAAAGGAAAUAAUAAUAUGAAAGAAGUUACUAAUACGACUGAUGUAACAAAGAAAAAUGAAAAAAAAGUGCGUAUUUCGGAAAAUUCUGAUUGCGUUUAUGGUACACAAGUUGAAAACCAAGCAUCGUUAUCUACCUCUAGCAACGAAGACGAAUUACCAGCGAAGAAACAUCAAAAGCCGCAUACACCCAAACAGAGAGUUAUUACCAAGGUGUGGCCCAGUGCCACUCCUCAGGAUCGCAAAAGAAAAAAGCUCGUAAAGAGAGGAAAAGCUAAUAUAACAAACGUACAAGGUUUAUCACACAACAUGCCAACUGAUGACGAUAUAUCCAACGUAUUAAAAGAAUUCACUGUCGAUUUUCUCCUAAAGGGUUACAAUUCGUUGGUUCGAACGCUGCAUUCACAAAUUCUAACGAAUGCACACCUAGAAAUUGACACUUCUCACUUUUUUUGGCUUGUGACGUAUUUCCUGAAGUGUGCUACACAGAUUGAGUUGGAUUUAGAACACGUUUGCUGCAUAUUGUCUUUUGAGAUCGUGUCAUAUUUAACAGCGGAAGCAGUCAAUUUGUGUGAGCAGUUUGAACUCGCUAUCAAGUUAGAUGGUAACAACUUGAAGCCAAGCAAAAGGAGACUUCAUUUGGUUGUAACAGCUAUCCGAGAAUUCAUUCAAGCAAUUGAUACGUACAAGAAAUCAGCGCAAAUCUGCAAUAACGACAAAGAACUGCUUGACAACUUGCAACUAAAAAUAUGCGAGACAGAUGAAUUGCGUUCGCUUCUAGUGCUGCUUUUAAGGUAUUAUAACCCGAAGUACCAAACGAAGCAAUAUCUGCAGGAUCUUGUGGUGACAAAUCACAAUCUUCUGGUGUUAACGGACGUUACCAUGAAGUUGCCGGAGUACAAGGGAACUGACACUAUAGCUGAUCACAUUAGACAAUUUUGUGCCCCAGAAAUGAUGUAUCAGUACGGUCUACUUUUGGAGGACUACCAGAUAAACGGUGAAUUUGUAAACGACUGCAUAUUUACACUGAUGCAUCACGUCGGCGGGGAUAUGGGAAGCCCGAUUUCACUAUUCCAGCCAAACAUCGUGAGAACAUUUAAAGCAAUUCUGAAGUCGGACUUUGAAAUAUGUGACGAUUGGACAGAUCUAAUUGAGUAUGUAAUGAAUAAAUACGUAAAGAAGCCCCUAAAAAUGAGAAGCGCCUUACUACGCUCCCUAGGCAUAGACAUUAAUGGGGACGAUAUAAGGUUUCAAAACACACUGGUAAAUGCCAAGCCCAAACCUGAAAAAGUAUUACCGCAAGAGAAAAUAUCGGUUGAACCCAAUAAUUCUAACAGUUGGACUGAAGAUGAAAUCUCAUCGCUGAGUUGGAAUUACAUGCAAUGCAACGAUCUAUCAGACGUGAUCGGAGAAAUUGUGAAAAUGUUCAAAGAAGACGGCAUUAUUAAGAACCGUGGGUCGGUUAUCAAAGAACUAUACAACCAAUACAUCAUAAACAAAGAUCAGUUCGACAAACUAUCUAAGAAGGAGUCCUCUAAGACUAUGCAAGAAAUCAAGGAAACUCGGGAUAAUGAAAUUAGCAAGCUCUGUGAGCAACUGAAGCAGGAUGGGAAAGCGAAAUUUUUGGAUUGGGUUCAAACGGCUAUAUUGGAAACUUGUGCUGCGAAAAUUUAUUUGCAAAAGUUGACCUCAGCAACGCGUAACCCAAAAUUUCCAGUUCACCCAUUAGACUUUUUACUGCUAAAACCUAAGGAUAUGCCAGUUUUAUCGUCGGUAUCAUAUCAUUCAUUACUUCUGAACCGCUCCGUACCAUUGGUACCAUGGAACUGCGAGCAAGCCUCCAUUUACAAAGAUUUGAAGUUUUUGCAACUUCUACACAGGCUUGGAUUUCAAAUGCCAGUAGAUACUGGCAAAGUUUUUAUAAGGAUACCUAAUUUUUGGACACCCGACUUUCUCUAUGAAGUAGCAGCCAAAAUUUCUCCUGGCGACAGUUCAAAACUGAAAUUUUCGCUGAAUGAUAUCUCCCAAAGCAGCAUCCUAAACUCUGGUGUAACGAGCAAUUGUAUUUUGCCGGAGCUCGCUAAAAGUAAUAUUCUACCGCCGAUACUCGAAAACUUCUACCAAAUUCAGAAUAAAAAACAAAAUCACUUCGCAUCAAUUGUCAACUUCACGCCCACGCCUGGCUCUGCUUUUACAACUACGGAUGACAAUGUGGAUACGCCUAACUGGUUAGAGGUUAUACAAAAGGCUCAAGAAUACAAAAUCAAUUUGGAUUUAGAAAAGUCAAUAAUCGGGGAAAAUGCAGACACUGUGAUUCAGCAGAUGGAUAUAGGAAGAGUGCGAGUGUCUCGAGGUGUGAUUUGCGAUGUCACGACGUGCAAUGUCCCGAUCGUAUUGCCAGCGGAACCCAUGACGCUGAUGAUGUCCAGUAUGAGCGUCACGCAGGACAUCACCAUGAACUUCCCCGUCAAUUCUCCGCAUUCUAUUAAUUGCAAUGCCAGCGCUUGCGACACGGCGUCCGUAGCAUCUGACCUAACACGCAUGUACGUGUCUGACGAAGAUGUGAAGCCCGAACCGAUGCUGCGCGUAAAACGUACGCUGAAGUCCACUCGCACCGCGUCAAGGCCGUCCGACGUAUUCUACGCGCACGGCUCUAACGAACUGGGAGGCUGCAUUCCCGAAAAACGCCCCCGCGUAGAGUUUUUAACCCCAUUUUGAACAUGCCCUGGUUUUUCAUUUUACUUUGCUUAAAACGCACUUGAAAUGUAGGGAAUCUCGCACACUACGCGACCACACUUGAGCACUAUAUCACAAGACGUGUAGUUAUAACAAAUUUACUGUAAGUGUAACACUGCUUGUACGACACAAAGAUAAGACCACGCCGCGUCUUGGUCGGAGCAUCAGCUACUAAGAUUGCGACCAAUACCAUGACUGGUCGGGAUUGUGGCUGCGUAAUGCGCAAGGUUCCUAAAGGAGGUUUAAGGUUACUAAUUGUCAAGUUUAUUUUAUAACAUUGCUUUUCCAUGUAUACCAGAGACUAUUACAUAAAUCUAUAGGUGGAUAGAUUGUCAGCACAAUUUAACUCGAAACCUGCUGGAUCGGCAUCGAAAGAACUUUUUUUUCCGUACGAAAGGUGAAACUACGUCGGAAUCUGGUCGAUGCCAUAGAGUCCUAUGCGUACAAAAUAUAUUUAAAUGAGGUUAAAAUUUUAUACUGCUAUAUAAUACUUAUAUAAAAUUUAUACCAAAUA